AUGUUGAGGCCAGCAGCCCUAAUCCACUCUUGGGGUCCAACGCACAGACCAAAUGUAAUCUCUUGUCCUUCACAGAACAUCAGGAUCCGCAGUGUGCAGGGUGACAUGUACUGUACGAAAUCUGGAAAGAAAUUCUAUGGCCAGGUCUUGGAGAGGUUUAUGUUAAUUGACCAGGAGCAGGUGGUGGCAGGCUCCUACAGCUUCACCUGGCUCUCAGGACAAGUGCAUCUCAACUUUGUAACCCUGAGUAUGGGGGAAAUAGUGCAGGAAUUCGAUGAAGAGUUUCGAUGUCUUUACGCAGAAUCAAAACCAAUCGACCAUUUCAUCAACUCAGAUGAGGAUCACGGUCAUUAUUCAUUCAGGAGAAGAGAGGAUAAGAAAUCCCUCAAACAGAAGGGGGUGCCUGAGGCAGCCCACUCAAACCCUUCCAGCACCCUGUCCGGCGACAGUCAUGGCAGCAUCAAAAAGUCGCCAUAUCCGAGCACUCCAGCUGGUAAAGUACUGCAGGAGCGUAAGCAAACCAGCCCAAGGGCGUCCAUUCAGACUCCUCAUACCUUUGAAUGGAAAUUCACAGGGAACCAGGACUAUAAACCUAAUGGGACACCAGUUAGGCCAGGCUUGUAUGACCUGAAACCCAGCCUAAUCAUCCAUUAUCCAACCCAACCUAAUCAGAGGGGGAAUGUUGUCAGCUCCUCCAGAACUCCCUGGGGACCACCACCACCACCACUAUCACCGACACCAGCAACAACAACAACAAAUUACCUAUCAGUGUGGAAUGAAAAAAGCAAUGCAAUUGUGCAGAAAAGUGACGAGGUUUCCGACGACAGCAAAGGUUUAGAGGGACCAUCUCAAGGGAUGUCGAGAAAGGCAAACCGAAUGACCCUGGGACACAGCAAACUGGAAAUGCUGAAGGAAUAUAAUAUUAAGAUGAAGUCCAAGAAUUUGUACAGUAGGUUUGAGCUACAAAAGCACAAUUCAUAAGUAUGGGCUGCCUUGCCUAGCACCAAGCUGACUCAACAGUGACCUCUUGAGUAAUAGUCCUUGAAACAAAUAAAAUGAUGAAGCAUGUUUGGAAUAGAGUAACUGAAAGUUCUCACCUUGUGCCUGAGAAGAAUAUGACAGGGCUAAAAAAUCGUCGAAACUUGAAAAUAUAUGUACUUCAUUUCUCCCCCCCAUGAAAUGUCCCUCAGAGAAGAAUGAUCACUGUUUCACUGAAGGAAAGAGCGAAGAGGUGCCUCACAGCAUGGAAUGUGUGUUGAUAAACUCAGAAAAGUUGUGCUCUCCUGUUUUUAAAUGGGGGAUCUGAUUCACCAAUGUCUUCUCAAAUCACUGAAUCUCACAUGUUGAAAACAAUGGAGAAUGUUUUGUCUUUGGGACUGUUACCUUUUAGCACGUCACUACUAUGCACAGUUUCAAUGCUAAUUGUCAAACAGUAGAAUGACACUGUAGCCUGUAGGGAGCGAGAGUAGCGCAAGGGAUUCUUUUCUACAAAUUAAGGGUGAGUGAAAUAGGACUCCAGUAUUUAACAAAAAUUCUGUCUAAUUUCUGCAAUUAAAGUUCCACUUAAGUGUUUAGUAUAAAUUCCUUUUAUCCUGUAAUGUAAACUACCUACCCCAUUACAUUCUGUACAUCAAUAAAGGACACAUAUAAGCUCUCAUUUGCAAUAACAUAUUCCCGAUUUCUGUAGAAUUCUUACUCACGUAUACUAUACAAGUAAGAGCUCUGCAGAAAUUGGGAAAGUGACGGUCCAAAGGAGAAAUUGUGUGGAUGUCUUUUGUUGUUGGUGACAAGAUGUUGCAAUACUGUGAUAGACUGGGAGUAGUAUAAUAUGAAAAUGUUCGAAUUAUAGAAAUUAUUAAUAGUUGCCUUUGUAUUAUAAAGGAAUUUACAGGACAUGUCAUGCCACAAAAUCUUGUAAAAAUAGGUUUCCGGCAAAAAUGUAUUGAGGUAUUUUAUAUGAUUUAUAUGUCAAAUCAAUUUUGGACUUGCAGUUUCACUAAUCAGACACAUUUGACUGUACAAUACGCAAUCACUGAACUUUAUGGUAAAUCUAGCUUUUUCUAUGCACUCGAGUAUACCUGUUGAUAGCACAUACGUUUUUAUAUAGUCAGUACAUGUGGAAACCCAUCCCCGUGCUAAAGAAUAUCCACCUAAACUGGGAGUUCCAUAUAACAGUUAGGUUUACACUCCAGGAAUAUGUUUACUUGUUCUGUACAGGCUGACUAUUUGCUAUACUUUGUAAAAUCAUGUGAACUCAUUCAGAAUCAAGUUACAGACACUGUGCCGGGGACGCUGUUUGGCAACAUUGAGCUGAGUAACUAGCAACAAGAAAGGAAAAUUACUACCAUGGAUGGUGUCAGGAUCCUCAAUAAAUUGAACACUACCACACAACACACAGAGCGCAUCGGGUGGAAAGGUGACAGAGGUUAGGCUGGGAUCAGACUGUCCACUGACCUUCUAGAUGGAAGUGUGGCUGAGACAAGGGAACAGAGAGAAGCUUUUAACCAAAAGGCAAUUAAGAUGAGAUGAGCUGCUGGUUUGAAGCUGCUAACUUAUGACUCCACAUCUCACUUUAGAUAAGUAGGGAAUGAAGCAGGAAAGAUUAGUUUAAGAAUGAAUUUAAAUACCUGAAUUAAGGGAAACAGAGAGACCAAAGAAGCUCCAUGGUUCUCAUUUACUUUAUUGAAACUAUAUCAAUGUCCUUGGUGAGCACAUUUACUUUCUUUUAUUUAAGUUUUAAAAAAUCUCUUUAUAAGUUAUUUCCUUUAUAUCUUGCUAUUUUCACUGUUUCCACUGAACAGGCUUGGGGGCCAAGAUCACAAGAUCCUCUCCAUAUCACAAGAUCCCCAACACGGGUUCCAAGGCUCACGUCAUGCAGACCUCUCUCCUGCUAUUGAAAAAUAUUCCCCCUCAUUUUAUAGCCAUACAUAGAAAGGUAAAACACAUGUGAUCAUCUCUUUGCUAGAAUGGGGGGGGAAGUAAAGCUCAGGUUAGCUUUAGCUGCAGAUGUAGACCACAUGCAAAAAGAUGAGGAGUAUUUCUGAGCUUUUACAUUAUGGAAGAAGAGAUGGGAUUAUCAUGCCCUGGAAACAUCAGACCGAGGGGAUCAGGACAAAGGGGGAAGAGAAUUGCCUUAGAUUCGAACCAAACAGUUUAGCCUAAGGCCCUCGGCCAAACUCACAGGCCUGAAAUGGGAAUAGGACCAGGGAGGUUUAGGCAUUCAGCCUACAAUGUAGCCUUUGGACUGAAUUGUGCCCCUGAAAAUAGUUUCUCUUUUACUGAUGUAUAAGCACUAAUCAUAUAUCAACAACACAGUACCUCGCUUUUCCCCCAAUACGUGUGUGUAAAUAAUAUCUGCCCACCUACAUAUGUUUAAAGAUGCUCAAUUCUCUACACAUAACCAUUUAAUAUCUAUUUUCAUAAAGAAUGUCAUUCCACGGAAAUGGGUGAUUUGAGAAGGUGAAUCACAUUGGCCCUGUUGCAACCUUUAUUGACAUGAGGAAUCUCUUGAGCUUCGAUACCACAGCUGAAGCUCACUGAAUGAAACUCUCAAUAACUUACGGCAGCAAGAGUUUGUUGCUGAGUAACCAGUAACAGCUCAGGCGUUGUCUGCUUGACAAAAGCUAACUGCUGUAUAUUGAGAACCAUUUUAGCUUGGUGUAAGGUAGCACUUUUUAAUAUUUUAUUAGGUCUCUGUCUUUGUACUUGUUAAUAUGUAAAUUGAGCAAGGAUAUGGACUAAUCUGUCAGUUGAGCGUGUCGCAAAUUAUAGUUCAUUGUAAGCAAGGGGUCCUGGGAAUCCAUAAUGCUGACUUUAAAUUGCUUGAUACAGAUCAUUGCUAAGCAGAUCCAUGGAAUCUCUACUGCUUCGUAACCUUGUUAAAACAUAAUUAAUUAUAUAGUAUAUAUAAACAUUAUUAAUGUUUUAAUCUCAUUAAGGGAGGAAGGGAGGAAAAUUGUGUUUUCAGUUUGAUUGAAGUUUAAUAGAUGCAUUUAGAUUCUUACACACUACCAAUGCUAGAUUGCUCAUAAUCUUUGAGAGGGCUGGACUAAUUCAGUUUCCAAAAUGGUUAGAUCCCCAGUUGUUACCUGUCUGCAAUCAUAGUUUUGUUGCUUCUGGUAUUUAUCUCCUUGUAUAUCAAAUCAACUCUGUACUUGAUGUUUCACUAAUCAGACACAUUUGCCUAUAAAAUACACAAUUGCUAAAUGUUACAGUAAAUCCUGUG